CCGCGCCCUCGCACCGUGACACUCGCGCAGUGCGAUGCGCUCGCCCUAAAUCGCUAAAUCGGUAACUCGCUCGUGACGUUCAUAAACACUACACAACAUCAUCAUAACCUUAAACCGAUCCAUUAUUGGAUAUUAUUUUGUGGGCUUGAACAGUAAACCAUUGAAAAUGGCGAUUAACAAUUGGUGGAGAGAACCUGAUAUGGGAGGGGAGCGCGAGGGCUGCGCGGCGUCUCGCAUGUGGCGCAAUGCGUGCGGGACGCUCGUGGCGCCGGCUGCCGACCAGGCUUGGCAGGAGAUUGUGGAUGCAGCCCCACCGGACUCCGUCUGGCAUUCCUUAAGGAAUUGUAUCGCUUAUCAGGCAGGGGUUUGGCAAAAUCUAUUGCUGAAGGGCAUCCCGGACGUCAUGCAGCCGGCCGCAUUCAAACUAGCAAUAGUUCUGCGUCAUACGCCUUCUGAGCUGACCGUGAAGCUGCUAGCAGACUUGUUGCAUCUACAUCCGCAGUCUCAAGAUUUGACGGCAUACGUGUUAGCUCUGUUAACUGACGACGAGGCGUGGUGCGGCAGCUGCGGGUCCAGCGCAGGUCUACCCGUGGCGUGCUCGGCGCCGGGGCUGGCGGGCGCGGGCGGCUGCGCGGCGGGCGGCGCGCCCAUGCGCGACCUGCAGCUGUUCGGCGACUGCGAGCUGGCCGUCAUGGCGGCGUCGCGCGAGGAGUACGACGCGCACGCCAAGCUCGUGCGCGCCGAGUACGCCAACCUCACGCAGGAGAACUACGUCGAGCUCAGGAUCAAGAUAUUAAACCAAUUCGUCCAAAUCCCCAAACUCUACAACACGUUGGAGUUCGAGAGCUUCGAGGCGGCCGCGAGGGAGAACAUCGAGCGAGAGAUCUGCACCCUGCGGGAGCACCUGCUCACGGGCCGACACGAAUAGCGCCGGCUUUUCACUUAUGACUCGGACGAUUCGCUCAGUUGAAUUGUCGCGUCAUAGUGACACCCCGACUGUUCCUGUUUUAUUUGGAUUUCUAUGUGUUAAUGAAACAAGAGAAUUAGUGACUCGUAACUAUAGUUUGUUUUUAGUGCGUAAAGACAGGUCAACCGAUAGUUUUAUUUUACAUUUCUUUUUCGUUACUAUUAUUAGUUGUGACUCUUGAUGUUCUGUAGUAGAUAAGGAUUUCGUUAUUAUUAGUUAAUGACUUGUAUGCCUUACGACAACUUGUUGAUGGCUCAACAUCAAAAUGAUUAACACUAGCAUCAACAACAUCUUAACAAAGUUUUAACGGCCCCAAGUUAAAUGAUCAGUGAAGUGAUUAAUUUACAAAAACUAUGUCAUAAUUAUUCAGGUGACAAAACAUGUUAUUUCUGUAUAAAAGAUCACUUGACAAAUUGCAGAUAUUUAUGUUCUUACCUAUUUAUUCAUACAAUUUAAAUCAAUUUGACGACCUCCGUGGUCGAGUAGGGUGUACACACUACGGUUUUCAUGGGUACGCC